UCGGUCCAAGUGCAUGCAACAGUAAUAAAAUGUGAUUCUCUGGCAAUUGUAUUCUCUCUACCUUGAUUGAACAUUGUCUAGCAAAUUUGCUUCUUAGCUUCCUGACUCUGCGAGUUGCCUCCUUGUUUGCUGUCCUUAGGCUUUCCGACACCAUGCUCGCACGCACUCUCUGCCGCAGUGCUACCCGCGCGCAUCUGACGCCUUUCACUCAACUUCUCGCUUGCAGAUCCGCGUCGAGUGCAGCGACGUUCAAAUGGGACGACCCUUUGAAUCUGCACAACUCUUUGACCGAGGAGGAGCAGGCAAUCCAGGAGACCGCACACUCAUACUGCCAGGAGCGACUACAACCCAGAGUCCUCGAAGCGUACCGCAAGGAAGACUUUGACAAGAAAAUCCUGCAAGAGAUGGGCGAGCUUGGCCUUCUCGGUGCCACAAUCAAAGGCUAUGGCUGCGCAGGUGUGAGCAGCGUGGCGUCAGGCCUUAUCACACGCGAAGUUGAAAAGGUAGACUCAGGAUACCGGUCAGCUAUGUCAGUUCAGAGCUCUUUGGUCAUGGGCCCCAUUGACGAGUUCGGAACUCAAGAACAGAAGGACAAAUAUCUGGAGAAGCUUGGGAAUGGUCAGCUAGUUGGUUGCUUCGGUCUGACUGAACCAAACCACGGUUCAGACCCGGGUUCUAUGGAGACCAUGGCAAAACCUCACCCUUCCAAGGAAGGCUACUACUCAAUAUCGGGCGCCAAGACAUGGAUCACCAAUUCUCCUAUUGCCGAUGUCUUGGUGGUCUGGGCUAAGUUGCAAGAGACUGGAAAGAUCAGAGGGUUCGUCAUCGAACGAGACCAAUGCCCUCCUGGCACUCUAAACACACCAGCAAUCAAGGACAAGAACGGGUUGCGAGCAUCGAUAACAGGCAUGAUCCAAUUAGACGACUGCCCGGUGCCCAAGGAGAACAUGUUUCCAGAAGUCGAGGGGCUGAGAGGACCAUUCUCUUGCCUCAACUCGGCACGCUAUGGCAUUGCUUGGGGUACGAUGGGCGCUCUUGAAGAUUGCAUUCGAAGAGCGAGAGAAUAUGCCCUCGAGAGGAAGCAGUUCAAAUCCAACCCAAUUGCCAAAUACCAGCUGGUGCAGAAGAAGCUGGCGGAUGCAACAACCGAUGCCGCCUUUGGAUUGGCAGCUGCCUUACAGGUGGGCAGACUCAAAGACGAAGGAAAAAUUGUACCUGAAAUGAUCUCAAUGAUCAAGCGUCAAAACUGCGACCGAGCUUUGGUGAAUGCAAGACAUUUACAAGAGAUUUUUGGAGGCAAUGCGGUCAGCGAUGAAUACCAUAUUGGGAGGCACGUGGCCAACCUCUUUGUGACACAGACCUACGAAGGUCAGAGUGAUAUUCAUGCCUUGAUCUUGGGAAGAGCGAUCACAGGUCUCCAGGCAUUUGUAUAGUUAUAAAAGUUGUAUGUGCAGGAUAUGAUUUAGAGGUAUGCGUGCAUUCAUCAUGAAGGAUAGGGCGAGGUGCAUCUUCACGAUUGAUAAUCCUUGCGCUUGUGCUAUGAAAUACGGGUUGAUAUCUUGCUUUGUCAGAAUCCGGUGAUAUAGACAAAUAUAAAUUGCAAGUGAGUGG